CGCGAAGAACCGAACUCAGCAUGUGAGCUCUAUGCUCAUUCCAUGCUGCGAUGCCCCGGCCGAAACCAUCAGCUGGCAGUGGCAUUCAACUUGCUCGGGACCUUCGAAAUCGGCAGGUCAACCUCUCCAGACCCGAAGUUGAAGGACUUCUCACAGCUCUUAGCCGAGCUCAGCAAGGCUUGGCGGCUCUACCUGAUGGUGAGAAUGUGGAUGCGGUGUGCGACGCCUUCGAGGAUAUGCAGCACUUGCUGCUGCAGGCCAGUUCUCGGAGCCGCUCAAAGCGGGUCAACGAACUCUGCGAGCUGGGGGAUCUAUCUGUGCUGCGGGAGCGUGCCCUUCAGGCCUUCCGUAGCCAGGAGCGGCUGACGCUGAAUGAGGCGCUGGAGCAAGGCGCCGUUCCCUGCCGUCGCCGCGCCUGCAAGCGACGGCAUGACAACUCUGUGCCUGGGCUGCUGGGGCUGGGCUUUUGCAGCCCUCAAUGCGCAGAGAAGGAAAACGAGAAGCAGCACAAGGUUUUGGAGAAGUACAUCUCAGAUGGCGCUUUGCAGUCAGAGGCUUUCACAGAACUGGACCUCGCAUGGGUCACGCAAUAUGCGGUCGGGAUGGUCGGCGGCAUGUCCAGGCUGAGGCUCUUGAUCUUUAAUGAGGACAUCGCCUUUCGGCUUACCUUUGAGCAUUGUGCACGACGAGUAGAGGAGAGUGCAGAGGCUUCUCUGGAUGGUGUUCGAAGCUAUUUCCGAGCAGAGCAAGAGAGGCGGAACGCAGCAGCUUCUCAAAACAUGUCCGACUUGCAGCUGAACUACCAGUCAGCUCAUAAGCUUUUCUCAGCAGCGUGGAGUAUCAUUCAUGCUGCAGCAGAUGAUGUAGGCUUGCCUUCUUCGGAUUCAGAGCCGUCAGUCGUGUUCAGCUUUGCCAAUGCCGGGCACAUCAUGCGACGUACGGCCUGCGCUGCCUGUGAUCGCCAGUCCACCAAGGACUACAGCACGACCCUCGACUUUCUGCGCUUUGUCGUCAUUGUGCCUGAGGCAGAUGCCUGGCAGAUGUGCGAAGUCUACGAGCGUUUGAUUGCCCGGGGCAUGAUCACUCUGAAGGUGUGCAGCAAACUCAAUCCGAAGGAGUACUAUGGCGAGCACUCCAUGCAUGUGCUUCUGAACUGCAAGCUGCCAAGCAGCUCUCACAUCUUCGAAGUGCGACUCUCCUUCCGGUCGUUCCAUCAGUUGGAGCGGAGUGUGAAGUGGAUGUGUGACUGGCGGCAGUUGCUGAGACAACAGCAUCAUUUCCUGCCAGGGGAGGAAAACCACUACCAGGGGCAGGUCUGUGACAAGGACGGCGAGACGCUUGCUAUGGCAUUAACCCCAAAGUCUGAGCUGCCUGGCAAGCCACAUGGCGAGGGGCGGAUGUUCUACGCGGACAGCGGGGAUCUCUACAGCGGUCAGUGGCAGCAGGGCAAGAAGCACGGCGAAGGCCUGCAGCGCUAUGCCACGGGCGACAGCUACCAAGGCCAAUACAUCAAUAACAAAAAGCACGGCCAGGGCAUCUACCGAUAUGCCGAUGGAGACUGCCACGAGGGGCAAUACCAAGAUGGUCGGAAGCACGGCCUGGGCUUGUAUUGGUAUUCCGAUGGCCGUGUGCUGAUGUCCAACUACGAGCAGGACGUGCAAGCGGGUCCCGGCUUGGUGUGGAGCGCCGAUGGCAAUCAGGCCUGGCUCACGGAGUCCGGUGUCGAGGUAGCAGACCUUGAUCUCCAGACCGCCGAGCAGAAAGCCAAAGACUUGGGCUUUCAACCCUUUCGGCGAUAGCGUCACUCUCACGUCCUGUCACUCUGUAAUUCAAUGUUCCGUUCUUUGUGGAAGUGAUGGUAAUUGAUCAGGCCGGGUUUGCCAAUCAGCAUUCCAAGAAACGUUCAGCAUUGGACAUUGUGUUUUCAUGACGAGCGCUGAGUCGACACGCCUCCACAAGCAGUAGCUGCGCCUGUA